GUCCUGUCACACAUGUGACAUGACUAAUUUUACAAAUGACGUUUCCAUGUUAUUUUAGUUGCAAUUUGCAUUGAGGUUACUGAAUUCAAGAAAUAAAAUUAGGACCUCGGACUUUUUGUAUAGGUAAAGAUGAAUCUUAACAUUUCGGGUCUAAGUAAAUUUAUAUGGAAAUCGCAAACAGUGUCGGGUUUCGGGUUUCAGCAGGUUAGGAAUAAAUGGGCAAAUUGGUUAAUGGUAAGGGACGUAAAGAGGCGGAGGAUGAGCGCUGAACAUUUUCUGGAAAGGACUAGAAUAAACGCCUUAAGAAAAAACAAUGUAUUGCCCUUAGAGAUCAGAGAACUGGCCGAUAAGGAAAUCAACAAGUUUGAAAUGAAUGCUAUACCACUAAGGAUCAAUAACAGAUGUGUUAUAACAUCAAGGCCACGCGGUAUUGUCAAAGAAUGGCGGAUGAGUCGUAUUGUCUGGAGACAUCUGGCUGAUUAUAAUAAGCUCUCAGGUGUACAGAGAGCUAUGUGGGGUUAACCAUAACCUAGGGCAUUCUUUAUACAAUGAACUAUUAUGUAGGUAAUUUGUUUUUUUUAGUUUUUAAUUAGACCAAUAAACAUUGUUUUAUAUAC